AAUCAGUUGAUCUGUCAAAGGAUCGAGCUAACCAAUAAAAUCGGAGCUUUUUUAAAUUAACAGGAAGCUGCCUUGUUGUAACAGACUGUUAGUGAAAAUAAUUUUCAAAAUAGUCUAAUAUUAUGGCCCAGAACAUAAAUCCACAUUAUGCGUCGUCCUCAAAUCCCGCCAAACAAAACGAAGAUACGAUCAAAUUGAAGGACAAUCAUGCUGUGAGUAAACGAUUGCAAAAAGAACUGAUGGAGCUGAUGCGAUGCGCAGACAAGGGUAUAUCAGCUUUUCCCGAGAGUGACAACUUAUUUAAGUGGAUAGGAACUAUCAACGGACCUGAAGACACGGUGUACGCGGGUCACAAGUACAAAUUAUCACUAGAGUUUCCUAAUUCAUAUCCAUAUGCUCCGCCUGUAGUCAAAUUCCUCACCCCUUGUUUUCAUCCCAAUGUAGAUACAUGCGGGUUAAUAUGUCUAGAUAUAUUGAAGGAUAAGUGGACAGCACUAUAUGAUGUCCGCACUGUCCUACUGUCAAUACAGAGUCUGCUUGCAGAACCUAACACCCAGAGUCCUCUGAAUCAGCAAGCCUCCUUCCUCUGGUCAAACCAACCAGCAUAUAAGAAGUAUUUAGAUGAAUUUUAUAGUAAACAUAAGGAUUUAUAGUUUUAUUAAUGUUGUUUUUAAUGUUUUUGAGUUGUUCUGUUCUAUGUAAGAUGUGUGUAUGAUGAACGGACAUUUCUACUGAGUGAUAUGAUAUUAUUAUCUGUACAAUUAUUAGUUAAAUUAUUUUCUAAAUUCAUUAUAAUUUAUUGCAUCAUCUGGAUCCUAAUAUUGAUUUAAACAUUUUGACUGUAUAUUGAGAUCACCAAUAAAUAUAAUUCUUUAGUGCAAUUUCA